AUGAAUUGCAGCAAAUUGGCAGGAGAUGAGAUCCCUGAAUUAGGAAUGGAGUUCAACAAUGAAGAGGAUGCAUACAAAUUUUACAACAACUAUGCCUUUAAAAUGAGUUUCAGCGUACGUAAAGACUAUGUAAAUAAAGACAAAGACGGUGUGACCACGUCUAGGAGAUGCUGCAAAGAAGGUGUGAAACGUAAAUACAAAGGUGAUUUGAUGCCAAAAAGGACACGGGCGCCGACGAAAACAGGGUGUGGAACUAAUAUGAUUGUUGUGUUACAUAGCGAGACAAUGAAAUAUCGUAUGCAUGACCUUGUCUUAGAGCAUAACCAUGAGUUGCACAUUGCUCAAUGUUCACACAUGAUGCCAUCACAAAGAAAAGUGAGUGGGGCUCAAGGAUUCCAAAUUGAAAUAAGCGAGGAUGCCGGGCUUUCACUGAAACAAAGCCAUGAGCUUAUGGGAAAGGAGGCAGGUGGGAUGGGUAACGUGGGAUAUAUUCGGGAUGACCCUAAACGAUAUCUUAGUACGAGACGGAAAAGGAGCUUGCAAUAUGGAGAAGCAGGUAGCAUGCUAAAUUAUUUUCAAGAGCAAACACUCGAAAAUCCAUCCUUUUUUCAUGUCGUACAGCUGGACUGUGAAGAGCAGAUAAUGAAUAUCUUUUGGACUGAUGCACGAAUAUUAAUUGACUACAAAUUUUUUGGAGACGUAGUCAUAUUUGACACAACCUACAAAACAAAUAAAGAAUACCAGUCACUUGAAGUAUUUGUAGGUUUUAACCAACAUAGGCAAAUUGUGAUAUUCGGUGCUGCCUUUAUGUAUGAUGAGACGAUAGAUUAUUUCAAUUAG